UCGGGAGGGAGCCUAUCUUGCGCAGACUGGGUAGCUACUGUACCUACAUGGCCAUUGAUGCUGCUGGAUAGAUGUAGUCCCUGAUGUAAAUAAGAAUGGCGAGGAUGGCGGACCUAACAUGCCGUGAUAUCUCUGCUUGACAUCGGAACCUUUUUAACGCCGUCUGGAUUUUAUAAAACGCGGGGUCCCAUUCUCUCGAAUUCAGCUCAAUCUGCCUUGACAGCUCGCCCGAUGGUUUUCAUUUGACACAAAGCAGACGGGCGGAUUCUCCUAAUAAACACUCGGGAAAAAACAGGUCAUUAUGACCUUAGUAUCCGCCGGUAAAAGAAAGCCAUCGGAUUGCUAUUACACGGCAGCAUUCUGCUUGCAUCUUUUGCUUUGGAUUUCGCGUGCCGUGUCCGGAGAGGGGUAUGAUCGGUUCAGCGUUGAGAAAUGGCUACAGAGGUACGGCUACCUUCCCCAUACAAAACCGGGAAUGUCUGUCCUGCUUUCAGCCCAAACCAUGCACUCAGCAAUUGCUGCCAUGCAGCGCAUCUAUGGCCUCAAUGUCACAGGGACACUGGAUGAGGAAACUAAGGAUGAUAUCACGCUAAGUUGGAUGCAAAAACCACGUUGCGGAGUACCGGACAAAAUCGAAAGUGCCACAAGGUCACGAAUGCGGAGAUACGCGCUGACAGGACAAAAGUGGCAGCGUACACACAUAACCUACAGUAUAAAAAAUGUCACACCAAAGGUAGGGGCCCGUGAGACUCAUGAUGCCAUCCGGCGGGCAUUUGAUGUGUGGCAGGGUGUGACUCCUCUGCGCUUUGAGGCUGUUCCAUACAGUGCCCUGGAGACUGGCAGGCGUGACGUGGACAUCACUAUCAUCUUUGCUUCGGGUUUUCAUGGUGACAGUUCACCCUUCGAUGGGGAGGGAGGAUUCCUCGCACAUGCCUAUUUUCCAGGUCCAGGCAUUGGUGGGGACACGCACUUUGAUUCAGAUGAGCCUUGGACCCUGGGGAACCCUAACCAUGAUGCUCUGUGGAGGUUACCUCUGGACCAGAAGGCAGCAAGCAAUGACCUGUUCUUGGUUGCUGUUCAUGAGUUGGGCCAUGCCCUCGGACUGGAGCACUCCAACGACCCCACUGCUAUCAUGGCACCUUUCUACCAGUACAUGGACACAGAGAACUUCAAACUACCUCAUGAUGACCUGCAGGGCAUCCAGAAAAUCUAUGGACCACCAGAUAGAGCUCCACAGCCAACCAGGCCUCCACCAACAGUCCCUCCUCCUCGCUUCCAUCCUCCCUCAGACCCCCGGAAGCACGAUCGCCAUGUCAGACCCCAUCGCCCACCACAGGGGUCAAAACCGUCCAACCCCAACUCCAAACCAAACAUCUGUGAUGGAGGCUUCAACACUCUGGCCAUCCUCCGACAGGAACUUUUUGUGUUCAAGGAUCAGUGGUUCUGGAGGGUACGAGACAACUCAGUAGUCCCUGGCUACCCCAUGCAGAUAAAUUACUUCUGGAAAGGCUUGCCUCCAAAAAUUGAUGCUGUGUAUGAAAAUAGUGAGGGAAAGUUUGUCUUUUUUAAAGGAAACCGUUUCUGGGUAUUCAAGGACACAACUCUCCAGCCUUCGUACCCUCAGGACAUCUCUCUGUUUGGGAGUGGAAUGCCCACACAGAGUAUCGAGACAGCCGUCUGGUGGGAAGAUGUUGCCAAGACCUACUUCUUCAAAGGAGACAGAUACUGGAGGUAUAAUGAGGACAUGAGGACCAUGGACCCCGGUUACCCUAAACCCAUCACCAUCUGGAAGGGCAUCCCUGACUCACCACAGGGGGCUUUUGUGGAUAAAGCUAAUGGCUUCACCUACUUUUACAAGGGGAAGGAGUACUGGAAGUUCAACAACCAGCUCCUUCGUGUGGAGCCUGGCUACCCAAGGUCCAUUCUGCGGGACUUCAUGGGCUGUGACGGCCUACCUGCUGACCCUGACUGGGACUGGAGUCCCCCCGUGGCAGAGGAGCGCCACUACGACAACGGUGACGUAGAUGUCGUCAUCAAACUGGAUGGUGUAGGGGGUACAGAGAAAGCUGUGGCCAUUGCCAUCCCCUGUGUUCUGGCACUGUGCAUGAUGGUCCUCCUCUACACCAUUUUUCAGUUUAGGAGGAAGAGUACACAACGCCACAUACUAUACUGCAAGCGCUCCAUGCAGGAGUGGGUCUGAGGGACUGUUACUGCACUGUAAAGAGAGGAGUGUGAAGCUUUGAUAAAGGCUCAGUACAUGAGGUUUGCCAUGUUGGCAGUUUUCAGAGCUGCUGGAAUUUGUAACAUGCAAGCUGCAAGGAAGGGAAGCGAUCAGCAGAACUCAAUGAAGACAGUGAUGGAGCCACAUCUCCUUUGUCCAACUAAUAUGUAUGUAUCUGCUUUGACCUUUUCUGUAUCUUGGAAUGAACUCAAUUUAGUGAGAAAGAAUUAUGCUCCUGUAAGUGGGACCUUUGUCUAUCCCCAUCACUGCAUGCCGCUUAAAAAGCCCUUAGCACUAACUUCAGUGGACAAAUUAGAUUUAGGAUAUUACUUUACUUUUAUUUCUUGAUUAAAUUGCCCUGGGCUGUGCUUUUUUUUGUUUUUCAGUUUAGGGUUUUGGUAAAAAAAAAUUAUUCAUUGUGUGGAGGAGUGAUACACAAACCAAAUAUGACCUUUUCUUCCAAAGAGGAUUACUGCUCAGUGUUGUUUUUGAUUGGAUAUUUUUCCUCCUUGGAUCAAACAUUGUGGAUCAGACUCUGAUUUCCCUUUGCCAUUUCUGUUCAUAUACAUCCAUCUGCUCUGUAACCUAUUUGGAGAGAAAGCAGCUGUAAGCAGGAGCUAGUAACUCAAGACUACUCAAGACUGUUGGGGCGGUCUUUCUCCAAAACAGGGGCCAAAACCCUCUCUGCAAUAUUUAUGAGACUGCCUUAAUCACAGACUGCUUAACUUCUGUCUGUCUCUGUUUCUCUGGUGUGGAAGUUGGAUACUGAGUGGCACAGAAGGAAUAUGUAAACUCAUGUGUGAAGUCAUUAAUUAGUGCCCACAAUGCAACUUUAAACCAGUAGUUAAGGACAGUUUGAUCCACAACAGGCUAAUUGUUCAUGGAAAUGUCAGCUGCCAAAGAUCAGCUUUCAUUUACUGCCUCACUGGAGGGUGUGAGAGAGAAUGGGAAGGUUAGUUAUGCCUGUGCGUUUGUGUGUGUGUGUGUGUGUUUGAAAGAGAAUAUUUCCCCACAUCAUUUAUAUAUGGUACUGUAAUUUCUGUUAUUGAACAGCUAACAUCCUGCUUUUCUUUGUGUCUUUUUGUUUUUUCUUUUCAAAUUUUGUACAAAGUUUGAGUUUGAUAAAAUUUUUCAAAAAGAGCUUGACACAAAGAAUGAGACGAACAAGAGACAAGAGGGUAAAGAAACUAACAGAAAAUCAUCCAUGCGUCUUUAUUUUCCAGAAACACAUCUGCCUUGUGUCAGUGUUCAAUGCUAUUGCACAGAUUGCUCAACAUACACACUUCAGCAAGUAGCAAAAACAGGUCUUGAUGAAUUACACUGCUGUUAAGAAGGCAGCAUUUAUCAACAGUAAUUAGAAAUAAUUUGAGGAAAUAACAAAGCUUACUUUUGGCAGAAUUUUGGACUUUAGGGAAAAGAGUUAAAAAAGAGUGUUGCCUGUGUGUUUUGUAAUAGAGCCAGGCUGUUUUAUGUACUGUAACUGUAAGUAAGCAAUAUGCAAAUACUAUACAUAGCCUACAGUAUGCUACAUUAACAAAUUGCUGUUAAAUGUUUAUAACCACUUCCAUAUUGUUGGAUAUAACAGAACAAACUAGCAAAGUCUGAUGACCCACAUUUCAGAUCUGUUUUAUGAGACAUGAUGUCUCAAAUAUAGACAAGCUCACACACACAUACACACAGAUAUAUAUUUAAAUACAUAUAAAACAUCAUAAGUGAAUAUUGUUAUAUGUUUUAACCAUUUAAUCAGGCAAAUAUGGUAAUCAGUUUGGUGUAAGAUAGAAAAAAAGAAGACACUGAGGUAAGAACAAGCUAAAUUGAGAUUUUUUUUAUUGUCAUUUAUACAUAUUGUGUUGCAAAAACACCAUACAACAUGAUGAUACUGAUGAAACGAGCUGUCUUGGAGUUGCUUUUGGCCUGCCAUACAGUUAACAGUGUGACCAUGUCGUAAAGCAUUUUCUCAGUUUUCCAGAUGAGGUCUGUGAGCUUUCAUGAAGUGAUUCUCUUUUUUUUUUUUUACUUUGUGCUCAUCGUUUUUUAUUUACUUGAAAAGGUCACCAAUAUGAUAUCUGACCGAUUUUUCCACUUAUACUGAGGCAUCAGCGUUUUAUAACAUAUCACAGUUUUAACAUGUUCUUAUCUUCCACUCAUUUCAAUGAGAAUUGUUGAACUGUGGCUCAUGGGGAUGAGAAUUUAUCCAUCAUCAUUUGUAACUGAUAAAAACUUACAUACAGUAAAGGGCAAUGCAUGCAGGUGUUACGCUGGGAUGUCAUUCUUUCAUAUCUGUUGACCAUUGCUCUUGUACCAGUCUCUCCCUUUAUGGUAAAUAACUAAUUCAAUCAGCCUUGCAGGUUUCUGCUGGAUGCAUUGACAGAUUUCAGUUGGUAAUACUUUAUGAUACAUGCAAAAUGGCUUCCAGUGUAUCCUUGCUGUUCUAAACUGUUCUAAAAUGUAACUAGAGGAACAGCUUUGAUUGGCUGAAUUCCUCUGCAUAUCAGUCCAUGUUGAUGCAUGAGUGCUGUAAUUUAAAGUGGAAAGAAAGCCUUUGGUGUUGUGUGUGAUAUUGUAUCAAUUUGUAUGUUUGUGAUGAGGGUCUGAUGGCUCCAUAGAGUGCAAAUUAAACAGGCCAGAGGGUUAAGUAGGUACUAUAUAUAUAUAUUGCCGUAUUUAUUCCUGUGUGCUCAGCACUUCACAUCUUGCAUUGCAUUGUAUCAUGGGAAAGAAGCUGUCAAUAAAGUUAAAGUUAAAAUGCAAUAUUUUUUCUACUCUCACAGCUACCAAGUAAUCUUUUUCUUUCUGUUUCUGCUUCAACAACAAACCAGUUUUUUUUAUUUUACCUGGUAGAAAUAAUUCCAACUUUUAGAAACUAUACACAUUCAGAACAGUGUAAAGAUUUGUAAUUUAUAUGAAAAGCAGGAAGUCUCAUUGCAUUGAUCCUCAUUUUCUUUCUUUUUAAUUUAGUCUGCCUUGACACUUGCUGCUAAGCAUUAGGGCUAAUCUGGAGUGUCAUUCAAGGAAGUGGAUGGGACUGAUUAGACAGCACUCAAUACACCAGAGAGGUGAAAGGAAUAAAGGAGACAAGGAACAAUCUCUGCACUCUAGAUGCCAUACACAGUUAUGUGCAGUAAGUUGCACAGAGUAUGAGAGGCUAAAAUAUUGCAUAGUAUGUAUAUAUGGUAUCAGCCAGGCUGUAUAUUGUCUGCUUUGGACAAUUUUGUUUUUAAUCCACUGAUUUAAUGGAUAAAGAAAAUGCUGUGUGUUGUAAAUAAAACAAGUGCAUAAUAAAUGUGUCUGGCUGUUGUACUCUGAUGCAAACAUUUGAUUUUAAUACUGGUGAU